GUAUUUUAGUUGGUGUCUCUAGAGAGGAAUCCUCAGAAAUUCUGUGUAGAAUCCCAUUAGGAAGCUAGAACCUCUAAAAGAACCCAAGGUUAGGGUUUAAGGAGGACAUGCUGGCCUCCUAACUUACAUAUCAUGCAUAGUCAUAGAUUCAUCUUUUCUUUCUAAAAACGCAGAAUUUUGACCAUGUGUUUUGAACACACAUCGAGUCGUGUUUAAAGGCUCGGAGGUUGAGGUUAUACUCGUCCUCUGAUCGGGAGGUGUGUAAGGAACAUGGUGAGGUGAAACAGGAGCAUGUAGAGGAAAUAACCUGACCAGCUCUGGUUAAUGUACCACUAACACACGGAGGGAGAGAUGCACUCGUCCAGCCUGCUCUAUUAAUUCAACACAAUAGAAAUUUCUCUUCAGGUCAAGACACAAAGAGAUGAGCAUGCAGCCGAGAUGAAAUUUCUUUCCCACUGAUUUUUCUUUUUCUCCAAACUGAUUUGGUUUACUUUUUGUCUGUUCACCCUUGAUGGAUGUUGGUGUGGGGAAUUGACCGACCGGGGCUUUGCAGCGGAAUAGCUCGGCCCUGCUGCUGCAUAUUUCCAGGGUUAAUUAGCGUGAUGUCGGAGCGUUAUUGCACCACAGUUAGAUGAAGGAAGGCUGCUGUGACCCACGGCAUCGCGCUCGACACCCGCAGUCAGGAGCAUCCCUCAGCUCACAGACUGCAUCAGAGAUGAAGAUGAGACUGACGGAGGACAGGACAAAGAGAUCCAUCGCUCCUCAGAUAGACCCCUGGUGAAAGAACAAAAGAAAAAACCCUGAACUUCAGAAUUUUUUGGUACAGAAUAUUUUUUAUUGUUUCUGCCAAGCAUUUUUUCCCUUUUUUGCCAUAGCAUGUUAUUGUUUUUGAUCCCAACAACAAUUUUGUCUUGUACCUUACUAGAUCACAUUUCUAGGUUUUCCUCAGUUUUCCUGAAUUCAUUCAGAGACCAAAAAGCUUCCUAUUUAUUUGCCAGUUAGUUUUUAUUCAAAGUUUGGCUCCUUGUGAGUCCUGGGAAUCGAUCUGCUGCUCUCCUCGUCUAUGGCCAAGAAAUUUUCAAAACUCUGAGACUAUGAGGCUGUAUUUCGAGGUCUCUGUGCACUACUUGGUGCUGUUGGCUUUGAACUGUGGAGUUUUAUCAUACGGUCCUCGUCAGAGAGCUCAGAAGACCGGGGACAUUCUGCUGGGGGGUUUGUUCCCCAUACACUUCAGAGUUGCUUCCAACGACCAGGACUUGGCUGCUAAACCAGAAUCGACCGAGUGUGUGAGGUAUAACUUCCGUGGGUUUCGUUGGCUCCAGGCCAUGAUUUUUGCCAUUGAGGAAAUCAACAACAGUUCUAGUCUUUUACCCAACAUCACUCUGGGGUACAGUAUAUUCGACACCUGUAACACCGUCUCCAAAGCCCUGGAGGCUUCACUGAGCUUCGUGGCUCAGAAUAAGAUUGACUCGCUGAACUUGGAUGGGUUUUGUAACUGCACCGGGAACAUCCCGUCAACCAUCGCCGUGGUCGGGGCGUCAGGAUCGGCAGUGUCUACGGCCGUGGCCGAUCUCGUCGGUCUCUUCUACAUCCCACAGAUCAGCUAUGCUUCUUCAAGUCGUCUUCUGAGCAACAAGAACCAGUACAAGUCCUUCAUGAGGACGAUUCCCACUGAUGAGUACCAGGCCAUUGCCAUGGCGGCUAUCAUCGAUCACUUCCAGUGGAACUGGGUCAUCGCCAUCGCCUCGGAUGACGAAUAUGGCCGUCCCGGGAUAGAGAAAUUCGAGAACGAGAUGUUCAAGAGGGACAUCUGCAUCAACCUCAAUGUGCUGAUCUCUCAGUACCUGGAAGAAGCCGAGAUAAUCCGCAUUGUGGACCAGAUCCAGAACUCCACCGCUAAAGUCAUCGUCGUGUUUGCUAGCGGGCCUGACGUUGAGCCGCUGGUUAAGGAAAUGGUCAGACGUAACAUCACGGACCGUGUGUGGUUAGCGAGCGAAGCAUGGGCUCUGUCCAGCCUCGUGGCCAAACCCGAGUACCUGGACGUCAUGGGUGGGACGAUCGGCUUCGCACUCCAAGCGGGUCAGAUCCCCGGAUUCAAGGAAUUCCUGCAGCAGGUCCAUCCGAAAAAAUCCCUGCAUAAUGAGUUUGUGCGAGAGUUUUGGGAAGAGACCUUUAACUGUUACCUAGUGGACAGCGUGAGGAAGGAGGACAGCGAGAACAGCAGCGCAGGCUUCAGGCCGCUCUGCACGGGCGAGGAGGACAUCACGAGUGUCGAGACACCAUACCUGGACUACACUCACCUGAGAAUCUCCUAUAACGUCUACGUGGCAGUUUACGCCAUAGCCGAGGCGCUGCAGGACAUUCUCACCUGUACGCCCGGGAGAGGACUCUUCGCUAACGGAUCCUGUGCUGAUAUUCGCAAAGUGGAGGCGUGGCAGGUCUUGAAGCAGUUGAGGCAUCUGAAGUUCCAGAACAGCAUGGGUGAGAGGGUAUGCUUCGAUGAGAGCAGUGAACUUUCUGCCAACUACACCAUCAUGAACUGGCACCGCUCACCUGCGGACGGCUCAGUGGUGUUCAGGGAGGUCGGGUACUACAGUGUUAGCGGCAAAAAGGGAGCCAAACUCUCCAUAGACAAAACUAAAAUACUGUGGAAUGGAUAUUUGACCGAGGUGCCCUUUUCGAACUGCAGUGAGGAGUGUGAGCCUGGCACCAGGAAGGGCAUCAUCGAGGGCAAACCCACGUGCUGCUUUGAGUGUACCGAGUGCUCUGAUGGAGAAUACAGCGAACAUAAAGAUGCCAGUGUUUGUACCAAAUGUCCCAACAAUUCCUGGUCCAAUGGGAACCACACUUCCUGUUUCCUGAAGGAGAUCGAGUUUCUGGCGUGGUCCGAGCCAUUCGGCAUCGCUCUGUCCCUGCUGGCCGUGCUUGGCGUUCUCCUGACGUCCUUCGUGAUGGGUGUGUUUGUGCGAUUCCGGAACACGCCCAUAGUCAAGGCUUCGAACCGGGAGCUCUCUUACCUGCUGCUGUUCUCGUUAAUCUGCUGUUUCUCCAGCUCGCUGGUCUUCAUCGGCGAGCCACAGGACUGGACGUGUCGCCUGCGUCAGCCCGCGUUCGGCAUCAGCUUUGUCUUGUGCAUCUCCUGCAUCCUGGUGAAGACCAACCGGGUUCUUCUGGUGUUCGAAGCCAAGAUUCCCACCAGCCUCCAUCGUAAGUGGUGGGGUCUGAACCUGCAGUUUCUGUUGGUCUUCCUGUUCACCUUCGUGCAGGUGAUGAUCUGCGUGGUGUGGCUGUACAAUGCUCCACCAGCGAGUUUCAGAAACUACGACAUUGACGAGAUCAUCUUCAUAACCUGCAACGAAGGCUCCAAUAUGGCUCUGGGCUUCCUGUUCGGCUACACCUGCCUCCUGGCAGCCGUCUGCUUCUUCUUCGCCUUCAAGUCUCGGAAGCUUCCAGAGAACUUCACGGAGGCCAAGUUCAUCACCUUCAGCAUGCUAAUCUUCUUCAUCGUCUGGAUCUCCUUCGUCCCCGCCUACUUCAGCACCUAUGGGAAGUACGUCUCUGCUGUGGAAAUCAUCGCCAUCCUGGCAUCCAGCUUCAGCCUGCUGGCAUGCAUCUUCUUCAAUAAGGUCUACAUCAUCCUGUUCAAGCCCUCCAGGAACACCAUCGAGGAAGUUCGCUCCUGCACGGCGGCUCACGCUUUUAAAGCAGCUGCCAAAGCCACGCUGAGGCAAAGCUCCGCCUUCAGGAAGAGGUCCAGCAGCGUGGGUGGGUCCUCCGCCUCCUCGCCAUCCUCGUCCAUCUGCAUUAAGACCAACGAGAACGAAGCAGCCACUCCCACUGGGCAGAGGCGGAGCCAGAGGCCCAGGGUGAGCUUCGAGAGUGGCACGAUGAGUCUGUCACUCACUUUUGAGGAGGCUAGAAAAAACGAAACUUCAAAAUCACCAAACAUCAAUUCGUGAAGAACUGAUUACACUCAGUAGCUGUUUUAUCAAUUCCCACUGCAGAUCACUUAGUAAGUCUACAUUUAGCAACUACAGCUCAUCUGUUGCGCUGUACAAAAAGUAUUGGCACCCCAUCUACAUACUGAACAGACAGUGUUUGGGUGAGAGUUUAUUCCCUGUUCCUUGGGAAUUUCUGAGUUACAUGAAGCUUAAAACUGAGAACUCAGAGUGAUCCUGGAAUCAUUCACUUUACAAUUAAUGUCCAGCGAAAGCUAAUGCUUAUAGUUGUGUCUCGUAUCUGCAUGCAAUACUGGUAUCUGCAUUGUGUGUUGUUUCCAGCUCAAGAAAAUUGUGUUUAAACAUGUGUGUGUGUAACAAUUUCUAUAAAUCCUGUAGUUAAAAAUUCUAUUUUUCAUUAUUUUAUGGUUAUCAUUUGAUAAUGAUAAUGCAAUGCAAUAUAUACAAUCCAAAUAUAAAUGUCAAUAAAACAUGUCAAAAGCAAAUAAAUCAAUCAAUAUAUAAAACUAGAUUUAGUUGAUCUUUUAUUUAACCCUUGUAUUUACCUCCCAUUUAUUAUACACUUAUUCUCUCCGCGUGCCAAACUGACCUG